AAGCAAAGAAAAGAAUGGACUUAGAUGUAAUAAUGGAUGAUAAAGAUGAUAUAGAUAAUUUACAAUCAAGAAAAAAAAAAAAGGACUUAUCUAUUAUAGAAGAACAAUUUGAUAAUGCUGAAAAACAUAUAAUAACAAGAUAUUUGAGAAAAUUUGAUAAAAUUCUUGUGAAUUACUUCCCACUUGGCUGGGCUUUGAAAGAAAAUCAGGAAUUUGGUGGAAAACAUAUGUCUGAUAAAGCAGUUGAGUUAUUAAAAACUUUUUUUCAUACAGGCAAUGUAUGUAAAAGUGAACAAUAUACACCUAAAGAGAUGCUUGAGGAAUUGAAAAAAAAACAUGGAAAUAGGUGA